GUGAACUACAUGGUAUUUAUUAGAGUAUGGAAUGGGACAUUACACUUUAAGGUCGUUUAUAUACAGGUUGACUAUAAACGGACUACAUGUAUUAAUAGUGAAUGUGACCUCAGGUUUAUAUCACAGAGUUGAGCAAUGGGUGUGGUUUGGUGGAGGUGGGUGAUGCCGAUUUGGUUCCUUGCGCUGCCAGUCAUUGGCAGAGAUAUACGGAUUGGUGCGUUUAACAUUCAGAUAUUCGGUAAAAAGAAGGCGGAGAAUCCAGGCAUAAUGAAUAUUCUUGCCAUGACUGUACGGCGCUACGACAUACUGUUUAUUCAGGAGAUACGAGAUAGGUCAGGGAAGGCUAUAGUGGCCCUUUUGGACCUCGCUAACAACUGGUUAAAAGGGACCAGCCGGUGUAGUUACACCGGCCUUAACCCCAUCGAACACUACGUAUUUGACGAUGGGCCUGAAGGACAUGGUAAAACAGACUUGUUCGAACGGGAACCUUACAUUGUUACCUUCCAAUCUCCAAACACAGUGUUGAAUCGUUUCACGCUGGUUGGAAUACAUAUUGACCCUGACGUUGCCGUGCAAGAACUGAAUGAUCUGCAUGCUCACGUGAUGCCAACGCUUAAAGGAAGGGACGUUCUGAUACUAGGAGAUCUUAAUGCAGACUGUGGGUAUUUGCCCGAGUAUAAGAGGAAAGAGCUUUCCCUGGUUAAAGACUCUGACUAUGCUUGGCUUGUGCCUAACAGGUUGGACACAACGGUUGCCGGUACAGACUGCGAAUAUGAUAGGUUUAUAACGAAGGGUCCUAACUGGGAUGGAGCGAUUAAGGAAGACCGUGUCUGGGUGUAUAAAUUCGAUACAGACUACCUUUACAUUGGUGGAAUGCCCGAAGAAUUGGCAUUGGACGUGAGUGACCACUAUCCGAUAGAAAUUGUUUUACAGGGCGGAUAUUGUGAAAAUUGUGUUAGAUAUGUCAAGUACGUUAUUACUGAUGUUACAGUUUUACUUUCCGACCAAGAUAAGGCUUUGAUCAAGGGUGUGAAAUAUGAUCUCAGGGAUAACCUCGUCUAUGACGAGGUGGGGGCUGUCGUGGCAAGACUGCGCACAGAAGGCAAUCGCGAUGAGUUGAAUCGCUAUAAAGCUCUGUCUGCCAUUGAAAUCAUUAAGGCUGAAGAGACAUCAGAGGCAAUAACUCUGAACAUAGAAUACUUGAGGCGAAAGUGGGGCGAACAACAAUCAUGUACAAUAACAAUAUCUGUGCAAACUAAACCUCAACUUUUGAAAAUUGUAGAGGGGGAGUUAAAUCAUUGGAACGUCAAAUAUGAAAAGACUUAAUUAUUUUUGUUAUAAAUCACGCCUCCCGAAUAUGUUAAAAACAAUUUUUAUUUUAUAUGGCAGAGUUUCGGCAUUCGUCAGAUUUGGUCUUAAAUUGGGACAACAGCGUCUUUUUUCAUUUGUUCUAAAAAUACAACGCUGAACUUAUCCAACAAGCCCUACUUUUCGGGUGAGAAUAGUUGACAUUAUCUGGUCCUAGCUCGAGAGUGUGACCUCACAAACAUUUCUCUCGCAGUUUUUUAAGAAAAUUGUAUUAUACAUAUAGCACCAGUCAAUUGUAGCUACAGGCCCACAGGUCCGGGGGUAUACCGGGGAUAGCCGGGGAAAUGGGACGUGUUUUUACCUUUCCGGUGGCUCCGCAGAGCCGGGUGAAUGCGGUGGUUUUGUCUUCGCACUAAAUAUAGCGGGGAAUGAGCCUUACCUAGGGUGCCUGGGGUGCGGGGGCAUUUUGCGGGGAUUUAACUUCUAGUUCGUCUCCGCAGGGUGGUGAUUUUACCCGGGCUUGGCUUGACCGAAA